GAAUUGCUGGUAGUAACCCGGCCAGUCCCCCGCGUGCGGGCGGUGCAUCCUAACAGCCGUGGGUUGAGUUAUAGACUUGCCGCUUCGAACCUUAUAGAAUCACGAAUUGCCGCUACCGAAACCCAAUCCUGUACCUCGCCGAUGAGGUGAGCAGGUGAAUAUCACCUGCUCGCCCGCUUCGACUUUCGGUUAAAAAAAAAAAAGUGAUUCACGUGUCCUAGUGUGUCGUUUUUUUUUUCCUCUUAUAUUCUCAUAAUAUAAAAUUGACCUUGAAAAUUUCCUUUCACAAAAUAAAACACAAAAACAAUUCAAAAGCAUGAAUUUUUAUUUGACGCGAGUGAUAUGUGCCGGGUAUUGUUUUUGCAAUUUGUGAUAUACCACAAUAGAACUUGAUUUUUCAUUUCAAAGUCUAUUAAAAAAAGUUGACUUUUUUUUCCUCCAAAAAAAGAAGAAACUUGUUGUCAAUUAAAGAAUCGAAAGAGAAUUUAUUUGGAAGGGACCAUUAUUGAAUCUAUUAGGGAGUUAUUUUUGAAUGAAGAAUUCUUUUUUUUUUUUAAAGAGAGUUUUAUUUUUAGAAGAGACAAGUUAUAUUAGAAAGGUUCGAAAGUUAUUUUGGAAAGUAUUUUAAAGAAAGGAGGAGUUAAUUUUUAAAGAGUCACAUAUAUAAACAUCAACAGACUAAAGAUAUCUCGUCAACACUUUUAGAAGAUUAUUGACAAUCCUGAAAUAAUAGUUUAUUAGUGAAGAGUAAAAUUAAUUUUUAAGUUUCAUAAUAUUUGAAGAAACAUUAUAAAUGCCAAAUUAAAAUAUUAUCAAUUUAGAAAGUUAGAUUUUAAUCAAAAAUUCUAAUUAUUGAGAAUUUUCGAAUUUUCGAUAGAUUUUAAUUAUAGAGAGUGGAAUCUCUUAUAUAUGUAAAACUGUCGUCAAGUGUUGAUGUGAAAAUUGAAAGACCUUGAAAGCAAGACCUUGAUUUAGGUUGAAGGGCCUGCACACGAAGAAUUUGGAAUUGAUUUAGUGUUUUUUUUUUUUUUUAUUUAUUUCUCAAGCCAUUUACAAGUUUUCCAGAACACUGUAUGCGAAAAGUGAUUGAACAAACUUUUUUUAAAAAUUCUCAUCGAUCCUGAAAUUUAAAUUCUCAAUGUUGAUCGCGAUAUUGUAGAUGAGAAUUAUUCAAGUCCAAACAGAAUUCUUAAAAAGAAGCUAGAUCUUAAAGAAAAGAUGACAAUUAUUAAUUGAUUGAAUCAAUUUUAAAUGAUUACAAAUUGUGAAUUUCUAAUUUCUAAUUGCUGACUACUAAUCGAGAACUGAUUGGAAGUUGAUGAUUGAUAAUUGCUGAUCAAUAAGUGCUUAUGAACAAUUGAAGAUUUUGAAUUUCUGAUUGAUGAAUGGUAAUUGAUAAUUAUUGAAAAACUAUUGAAUAAGAAUUGCUAUCGGAGAAACAAUAAUUCAUAAACGGAUAUUGAUUCAUAAUUCAAACUAUACGAAAACCAUUGAUUAUUUUCUAAUUGAUAUCUAAUGAUUGAUGAUUUCUAAUAAAAAAUUAUUGUUAUAGUUCGCCAAUCAAGAAAUUACUAUAAUUGUAAUAAUCAUUACAAACAAUUAAUUGAAAAUUGCUUAUUAAUUUUUACAUUUAUUUUAAAUAGUUAUUGAUUGAAGAUCUAACAGUGUAAAAACAAUAUUUUAGAGAUUCUCCAAAAUUGAGAUUCGAGAAUCAUAAUUUAAAAAAAAAUUUCAAUCUGUUACAAAAAUAACUGAUUAAAAAUCUCUUAGAAGAGAUUUUGAAAACACGAUAGAAAGCACAGAACCUGACUAAUCAAAUCUAAUCAAUCUUGAUCGUUACAAAAAAUCAGGACAAAAAUUUAAACACAAAAAUGCAAUUAAGAACUGCGAUUGUAAACCAGUAGUCAAGGUCUUUAAUAUAAUUGCCAUCCAAUUAGAGAUUUUUUUUUUUUACAGAAUAAUCUCGUCAAGUAUAUUCCUGUGAAUGCAUCAACAAAAAGAGCUUUAAUUUAAAGAAACAAUAACAGAAGAUCAAUAAUCUCUUUUAAAAAUUUGAUCAAGAAGAUUGAAAAUAUUUUAUUGAAAAAGAUUACAAGUAGAAAGAUUUUAAAGGUUUUAUUAGAAAAACAUUCCAAAGGUUCAAGGAUUAAGGAGACUUCCAAACAAUUCAAGAAGGAAAAUUCCAAAGUUCGAGAAAGGGAAAUUCCAAACAUUCCAUAAAGAAAGACAUUUUCCAAAGGCUUCCAACAAUAUAAGGAAGUUUUGGGAAGAUCAACAAACAAACAAAAAAAAAAAAAAUAGAAAUUGCUAAAAUGUCAUCAUUAGUUGAAGAGGAUUUAGAAUUAAAUUGAAAUAAAAAGAUAAAAUUUCAUGAGCCAUGUCUCAAAGACCAGAAACCUCAAAUGAGGAGUCAUACCUGUAUUCAGGUCGACCCUCAAAUUUACUAAAGACAAGUUUCUCCAAUUCUCAUUUGGAAAAACUCUAUAGGCAAUCAUCACUUCAACAAAAAAGAAAUGGUUUAAAAUGUUUUCUCAUCUCAGCAUUAAUUCACGAUGUUUAUACAUUAUUUUUACCCGAAUUGGAAUUGGUUAUAAGAGGAUUGGCAGUGAUAUUUAUGGGACUUAAUCUUGCACUAUUGGCAUGGGCACAACGUGGUAUCAAAGCAAGGGGAUAUUUGUGGUUUAUGAUGCCUAAUGUGGCAUGGCAAUUAUUUACCGCACAAAUACUAAUUCAACUAUUUCUAAAAUCCACUGAAGUCAAUCAUCGUGAUGGUCUUGGAUGGAUAUUAUUAUUGUUGUAUUUAAUAUUUGCAACACUUCCAUUAAGAUUGCCAUUGUGUUUAUUUUUGGCAGUGGGAACGGCUUUGGUGUACAUUGUUGCAAUUAGCGGCCUCUCCAAAUCAUCGUCAAUAUUAUCCGCCUUUGACGUCCUGGUUUUAACAAUCUCAUUAUCAAUUGGUGCUGUUCUUCUGGGUGUAUCGACAUAUUCCCUAGGUGAAUUUCAACAACGACGGGCCUUCCUUGAAACAAGACAAAGUCUCGAGGUUCAAUUGAUUAUUGAAGAACAAAGCGCCGAACAGGAAAGACUUUUAUUGAGCGUGCUUCCAGAACACGUGGCGGUGAAAAUGCGUCAGGAUCUUGGUGCCUCAUUAGAUACACAAUUUAAAAAAAUCUACAUGUCACGGCACGAGAAUGUUUCCAUUUUAUAUGCUGAUAUUGUUGGAUUCACCGCCAUCUCGUCCACUUAUAAUGCCAGCGAACUCGUUAAAAUUCUUAAUGAACUUUUCGCCCGGUUCGAUCAACUCAGUGAAAGGUAUGAGCAGCUGCGUAUAAAAAUUUUGGGUGAUUGCUACUAUUGUAUAAGUGGAGCACCUAUUGAGAGACCUGAUCAUGCCGUCCUUUGUGUUCACAUGGGACUUUCCAUGGUGGAUGCAAUAAAAUAUGUUCAACAAAAAACCAAAAGUCCUGUCGAUAUGAGAGUGGGAAUUCACACUGGAGCUGUACUUGCUGGCGUUCUUGGUCAACGACAAUGGCAAUUUGAUGUUUACAGCAAAGACGUUGAACUUGCCAAUAAAAUGGAGAGCAGCGGAAUGGCUGGAAGGGUACAUAUAUCCAACGCUACUCUGAGCUUCCUAAACGAUGAAUUUGAGGUGGAACGAGCUUUCGGUGAGACUCGCGAGGAGGCACUUCAAAAAGCUGGCCUCGUCACGUACUUUAUAGUCAGAGCCCUUAAGCAAUUCAAGCCAGCUUUGACCAAAAGUCUCGCAUCGCUGGCCGAUGCUGAAUAUUCACAUAAUGUCGUCUCUGACACUGAUGGUAGAAACAAAGAGGAUUCUGAAGAUUUUAGACUACGACUUCGCUUGGAACUUGACAGCAGAAUUGGAGGUACGGAGUUGAAAGGUCAUGCUUCGUGGUUAACUCUACAUUUCAAGGAUCAACAAUUGGAGAAAGGAUUUCAUAGUGCAGAAGAGGCAUUUUCACCACUUUCGGUGUUGGGAGGACCUUUAGUGUUAAUAUGUUCAGCUCCAGUAUGGAAAUUUCAAUAUUCAAGUCGAUUCACAUAUGGAGGUGUGGCAGUAGUCACGCUCUAUGGAAUUGUCUUGGCAGGUGCAACUUGCCUUGGAAGCGCCGUGAGAGCGAGAUGGCUUCGAAGGAUUUUGGCUCUCCUUAUGAUAUUUUCCCUCGCCAUAUUCGUGCUCCUCGACAUGGCAAACUGCGCCACAAUUGAGGAGGUGGAGUUGACAUCAAAUGGAUCAUCAAAGGGGCCAUUGAAAUGUCCAUAUCCUUCAUAUUACUCCUACAUUGGCGUUCUUGCCUUAAUAGUUAUAUCCAUGCCUGUAUACAUAAGUUACCUUGGAAAAUCCAUGUUGAUGUUCAUGCUGGCCGGAGCACAAUGUGGAAUGAACAUACUCUUGGGACCUAAUUUAGACCGAGAGGAUGGUUCUUCCACUACACCAGGAGCAGUGGCUUUUCCACUAAAAUAUUCUCUCUCUGUUACUCUACUUACCAUUGCUCUUGCAUUGGUGGUAGUUGCAAGAUACACGGAAAAAGCAAGAAGAAUACUAUACCUAAGGGGACAGGAAGUUGUCGCACAAAGGGAACGUGCUGCUGAUAUGAAAAGAAGAAAUGGAAAAUUGAUAUAUAAUAUUCUUCCACCCCAUGUGGCCGCUUAUUUCUUAUCUACCACAAGGCACCAUGACGAUUUAUACAGUCAAAGUUACGCUGAAGUUGGUGUUCUUUUUGCCAGUAUGCCAAAUUUUGCUGAUUUCUACAGCGAAGAAAGUAUCAAUAAUCAGGGUCUUGAAUGUCUCAGGUUCUUGAAUGAGGUCAUCUCGGACUUUGAUGCUAUACUUGAUAGGGAUGAAUUUAGGGAUAUCAUUAAAAUUAAGACAAUUGGUUCGACCUAUAUGGCUGCUUCGGGAAUAACAGAUUCAACAAACAAUGAUGGUCCCAGAUGGGGACAUCUCUCGACACUCGUCGAUUUUGCUUUAGAAUUGAAAAAGGCCCUUUCCAGUAUCAACGAGCAAAGCUUUAAUCAUUUUGUGCUUAAAAUGGGCAUCAAUCACGGUCCCAUAAUUGCCGGUGUCAUUGGCGCUAGAAAACCUCACUACGACAUUUGGGGAAACACGGUAAAUGUUGCUUCUCGAAUGGAAAGCACUGGAAAAGUUGGUCACAUACAGGUGACGGACGAAACACGAAAAAUCCUAGAGCCUUUUGGUUUUGGAUUUGUUGAACGUGGUAAUGUUUUCGUAAAGGGUAAAGGUGAAUUGCUCACUCAUUAUUUAAUGACAAAGAAUGGAGUGGCAUUGAAGCUCGACAGUGAUUUACCAGUUGAACCAACUCAUCCAAUCAUUUAUCAGUAGAAGAGAAGAAAGUCUAUUGAGUUUGAUGACAUCGCGGGAGUACAAGAAUUUUUUUUUUUUCCCCGCCCUUCCUCCCCUCUAUAUAUAAUAUUUCUUGACGAACGGUCGAGUGUGCUAAAAUAUACACCGCUCCGCACAAUCUAACAAGUUAACUUCGAUCCAGGCGACUUAGGCCUGACGAUAUUAUAUCGUCUAAAAAUAAUCAACAAACGAGGUGUACAUCUUUUUUUCUUUUUUACCCCCGGGUGUCUCUAACAACGCUGCUAUCACAAGGCAGUCUAAAAUUUCUAGAGUCAACAGAAAAAAAAUAAUUCAUUCAUUUAUUAAGAAUUCUAUUCACUGGAUGUCCUGUAGAUCAAUAAAAUUUAGCUGAAAUCUAUUGGAAUGGUAUAUUACAAAAAACAUAAAUGCUGAUGUACCUGAUACGGUUUCAUUAUGUGGGUUUUGUAUACCAAAUUGGUUUAUUGACAACGAGAGAAAAAGAAAGAGAAAGUGUUCUAGAUUCUAAGUAUAAAUGUAUAAAUAAUCAAGUAAUAAAAAUCUUGUAGUUGAUCUGUCAUAUUUGAAUAUGGAAAAUAGAAAAUAAAUUUUCUUUCUAUAGGAAUAAUGAGAUAAUGAUGAUUCAUUGAUGAUAUAUGAUUCGAAUUAAAAAUUUGAAUUUAUGAUAAAAAAAUGUAAUCAGCAUUAAGGUUUUUCAGUACAAUGAGAGAAAAGUUUUGUUUAAACCAAAUAUACCAUUUGAAUAAUAUAAAAAUAUUUUUUGUAUCAACAAAAAUUUUUUGUUAUAUCAAACAAAAUUUUUUGAUUCAUUAAAUAUUUAUUUGAUCUAAAUAAAUGUUUGGUUUAUUUUAAGAAAUUUUUUUCAAUUGAAGAAAGAAUUUUAUUGAGCCAAAUAAACUUUUGUUUGAUUCAACCAAAAGCCCUUUUUGAGGACCAAAUUUUUUCUUAAAAAAUCUCAAUUUUUGAUUUUUAAACAAUUUUUGUCCAGCGAAACUAAUUAAAGUUUUUUGUCUCAAAACCAGAUUUCAGAAUGGGAAAUUUAUUAGACGAAUUAAAAAACAUUGGUUAAAUAUUCAAUUUUAAAAAUCAAGGAACUUAUGCAUGAGAUAAAAAAAUGUUGAAAGCAACACUGGUUCUCAAAGGGUUAAAGCAAUACAAUUUAUUUGAUUGAUUCAACCAAAAUUUGGUUGUUUUAAACAAAUUAUUUUCUGCCUGUAAUUUCAGGCGAUGUUCUUUUUAAAAAAAAAUUUACAAAUGACGUAAUCAAUUCUACAUUUUCGUCUUUUGGGAAAUAAAACAAAAUUAUUCAAGUUAUUCGGUGUGAAUUGUGAACAAAAAAAAAAAAUUUCCUUGAGGCAUUCGCUUCACUGAAUGUAGAUUUUUAGAAAUUAUCAAUAAAAUCUAAAGGACUUCCAGUGAACGUUGACCAAAAUAUCCUUAAGAUAUAUGGUUCAUUUUUUCAUCUAAUUCAUAUAUAUAGUCUCACUCUUGCUACCUCUGUAUCAUUUAAAUAUACAUAUGUACCUUCAUAAAUUUGUCAUCGCUACAAGCGUUACGAAUAUAUAUAUAUAUAUAUAAAUAUAUACUUUUUCACUGUGAAAAUCUUCUUCCAAAUAAUCUCUAACGAAUGAAAUGUCAUAUAAUUUUUAAUAUAUUGUAAAUUACUUUAAUUUCUUUUUAUUUUCUAUAAAUAAUUCUUUUAGUAGAAAUCGAAAUAGAAAAAAUUUGAAUAACAUUCAAUGUCCUAAUUUUUUAAAAUUGUUGAUAAUUUAAAUAUGAAAAUUUUUUAAUAUUUUUGUUAGAUUUUUAUUACAUUAGUCAAUAGUUUUGUUUUUUUUUUGAAAAAUAAAUUGUGAAAGAUGAAAAUUUUUGAAAAUGAGAAAAUUGGAGGAAUAAUUUAAUCAGUGUACGCUGGUUGUCCAAAAUUGUGCGAUAAUAUCAGCAAAUGCAUUUGGCCAUAAUUCUUCAAACGUUAUAGUUGUAGAAUAUCUUGAAUAACGUUUUUGAGAAUAAUUUUAAAUCUUUGGACAGCUAGCAUUGUCACACAAUUACUAUAUUAAUACUGUUAUACAAAUACGAGUAUUACCGAUAUAACUACUACUGUUGUUAAUUGUGUUCACGUGAGAUCGUCUCAGCACAACGAAGGUGUUUUAAAUCAAAUUUCAAAACUAAAGAAAAAAAAAACGACAAAGCUUUACAAAUUUAAUCAACAGGGACUUCUUGAUACUUCUUAUUAAGGAUAUUUAGUGAUAGUUUUCUCAUGUGAUUUCAAAAAUAAAUAUUCUUAUUUUUAUUUUGAAAAAUAAAUUGUUAUGUCAAAAAUAACAUACAAAAAAAUAAUAUAAAAAUGAGAUAAAAUAUAUAAUAAAUUGGGAAACAUUCUGCAAAUUAAUUCAUAUUACUAGUUUAUUUAUAAUAAAGAGUCACGAACGUGACAUUAUUAUAUUACAAAAAUACAUGUAGAAUCACAUGACCUAACACAGUCACAUGUUUUUAAAUUUGCAAAAAAAAUUUUGUUUCUAAAAUAUGAAAUUUUUUUAAAAAUAAUUUUGAAUACAAUUUUCAUUAUUUUUUUUUUUUUUUUUUUUGUGAUUAAUCCGUAAAAAUUGUAAUUUGAGCUAAAUGCUGUUACGCAAAUUAAAAAAAGGUUUUAUUUUUUUAUUUCCAAAAAUCUUUUUGUUUAAUCAUUUAACUCAAUAAAAAAAAAUUUUAAUUUUAAAAAUUAUUGAGUUAAAAUACUUUUUGAUUUGAAAGAUUUUAUAACUUAUUCAUUUAUUUCUAUAAAGCUAAUUCGUUUCUAAUUUGAAAAUAGGAAAAUGCAUUUAAUAAAAUAUACACGGAAAAAAAUGUUUAUCUCGAACAGCAAUAUGUUUCUUUAGAAUAGCAAAAACUUUUACUGUUUUAGUGAAAUAUUUCGCUAUUCUAGUGAAACUUAUCGCUGUUCCAGGUGAAGAUUUUUUUUCCGUGUAUUAUCCCAUUUAUUUUUGAUUAUGGUUUUUAAAUAAAAAGGAAAAUAUAAAUUAGAAACAAAAUUAAGAAAUUUGGUUCAAAAGUAUCAUGAAUGCUAACUUUCGCAGUUAUAAGAAAUAUCGGAGUCUUUACAAAACAAACCUUCGAUGCGAAGAGUCAUACGAAGAAGACCACGAAACAUUUUUCACGUCUGUGAUAACUUCGUCGCGAGUAGCGUAACGAUAUGUAUUAGCAGGUACUAUAUGUAUAACAAAAAAAAAAAAAAAAAAAAAAUCCCCC